GACGACUCUGCCUGAGCGGCCAUCAUAGGUCUUUCUCGUGUCCUCCGCGCUGGGGGAGACAUUGGUUGUGUACUACUACUGAAUUAAAUCCUCGUGUCCUUUCGGGAGCGAGUAUAAACAUUCAUCAUGGUUCAGAAGAAGGGAAAGGGAAAAGGAAAGGGGAAGGGAAAGAAGAUCGCAGCAGCUCCCCUGGUGGCCAAGAAGGUGGUUGUGCCUAAGAAGGUGGUAAAUCCUCUGUUUGAGAAGAGGCCCAGGAAUUUUGGCAUCGGUGGUGACAUCCAACCCAAGCGUGAUCUGAGUCGUUUCUUGAGAUGGCCCAAGUAUAUCCGUCUUCAGCGACAAAGAGCAGUUCUCCAGCAACGUCUGAAGAUUCCUCCUCCUAUCCACCAGUUCAAGCAGUCCCUUGAUCGCCAGAAAGCUACAGAGUUGUUCCGCCUUAUGGACAAGUAUCGUCCUGAGAGUAAGGCUGCCAGGAAGGAAAGGCUGCGUAAGCGUGCUGCUGCUCGUGCCGCUGGCAAGGAAGAUGUCCCCACAAAGCGGAAGAUUUGUGUGCGCCAGGGUGUCAACACCGUGACUACACUAGUUGAGCAGAAGAGGGCUCGUCUUGUCUGCAUUGCUAAUGAUGUUGAUCCCGUAGAGAUUGUGUUGUUCCUGCCUGCUUUGUGCCGCAAGAUGGGAGUGCCCUACUGCAUUGUGAGGAACAAGUCCAGACUGGGUGUGGUUGUAAGGCGGAAAAAGACCGCAUGCAUUGCCAUUACCGAUGUGGAGUCUAACGAUCGCUCUAAUCUCAGCAAAAUCAUCGAAUCGGCUAAAACUAAUUACAAUGACCGCUAUGAUGAGAUCCGCAAGAACUGGGGUGGUGGAAUUCUUGGCGCCAAAUCUGCAUCCAGGAUUGCCAAGCUGGAACGUGCUAGGGCCAGGGAACUGUCUCAGAAGCGUUAAAAUAAAGUACUGAGAAGGA